UGAUCAGAAACGUGGAGAAAUUAUAGGUGCUCGAAAAGCAGGCUUAUCAUAUAGAAAAAUUGCAGAACUUGUCAGUUGUAAUUACAAUAUUAUAGAGAAUAUACUAAAACAGCACAACUCAUCUAAAAUGCUAUCAGAUCAUCAAGAAAGCUACUAA